AAGGAUAAGCAGACCGCAGACCAGCAGACGAUACGGGUACGAUUCUACGAUUACGACGAUAGUGUUAGUUGGCCUAGCAAAGAGGUGGACUUUUAUUUUUGCGAAUUUUUAUUUAUUUAGGCUAACACAACAAAUAAGUUACAGCAACUACCACUCAUUUACUCUCUUCUUAUUUACUUCCCAUCCGAUUUCUUAGAUCUCGCACACUUAGUUCCGUGUUUGGAGAACCAAUAAUAUAGUGCAUUUUUAUGGUGAUAUUUUGGCUAGCAUAGGCCUAGUUUAUAAAAUUUAAUUUCUAAUCGUUUAUAUUACGUAUAGUCCUACUUGAAGAGAUGUCUUCUAACAAAGUUAUAAACAUUGUACUUAACGAAAGUGGAGUAAUUGAAGAACUAAGCAAACUUGUGGAAAGGUUGGCUAAUGAUGCAAUCAAGAGAGAUGAUGUUUUCAAAGUAGGGUUAUCAGGUGGUUCACUAGCAAACUUUCUAUCUAAAGGUCUACCAAACAUUACAACAGAAUGGUCUAAGUGGAAACUAUUUUUUUGUGAUGAAAGAGUCGUACCGUUAGAUAGCACUGACUCAACUUUUGGUGUGUACAAGAAUUCUCUAAUUGGAGCUGUCCCACUCUCAGAAGACCAAUUUAUCAAAAUUAACCCACAGCUUCCAGCUGAGGAGGCUGCUAGGGAUUACAUACAGAAGAUGGCUGUGCAUUUUCCCCCUGAUGAGCUUCCCAGGUUCCAUCUGUUGCUGCUAGGGAUGGGUCCUGAUGGACACACUUGCUCACUCUUUCCUGGGCAUCGACUGUUAGAGGAGACAUCGGUCUGGGUCGCUCCAAUCACAGAUUCACCCAAACCCCCUCCGUCUCGUGUUACCCUUACCUUCCCUGUGGUCAACAACGCGGAGGUUUGUGCUUUUGCCGUGUCUGGUCAAGGAAAAGCAGAGAUGGUGAAGCGUAUCCUGAAGGACAAAGAGCAGCUGCCAGCCGCCAGGGUGCACCCUACCAAGGGCCAAGUGAUCUGGAUACUGGACCAACCUGCUGCCUCUCUCCUUUAGUAGCCACACACACACACAAUUGUCUACGGUGCUUUAAAACAUAGUGAGAAACUCGUACUGAACAUUUUUAUACUCAAGUGUUAAAUUUUGAUCCGGAUCAAUGGACUAGUCAUUCCUUUACAUUCCACAUUUUUAACCCAUAGCAAACUUGUAUUUUAACGGUUUUAUGCAAUAUUAUAUUUUAUAGUCUAUGUUUUGUUGGAAUCUUUUAUAUUUAUGUUGGUAAAAUAAAUGGUUGAUUACAA